GCUGCAAUGCGGAAAUGAACAUUCCAAGGCCAAUAAAAAACACCACAUCCAAAAAACAUCGUGGAUCAAAAGAAGCAUGUGUAAAAAAAAAAAAAAAAAAAAAAAUGAAAGGGUUGUGGUGGUUUUGGUGGGUGGGUGGGUGUUGUUCUGCCACGCUUGAUCGUGUCCCGAGUCCUGCCCCGCCGCUGCUGAUUGGCUGCACGCGCACCCAAGGGGGGAAAGUUUGAAUAAAAUACAAGAGCAUGGCACCAGCGUCGAGUGGAACGUCUGUGAGGAUUCCACGAGUGAUCCAACAGGACUUCAAAGUAAAAUUGUCUUCGGUCAUUUCAAAUUUCAAAUUUAAAAAAAAAAAGGACACUCGCGUUAACGAUCCGAGGAAAAAAGAUGACAGCAGUCCGGGUCCCCUCAUCGUUGCUGCCGCUGUUGGUUCCGCUCCUCCUGGUCGUGAUGCAGUCCGGAGCCGGGCUGUGCGCGCGGAGGUUCCGCGGCGGCCGCAACCCGCAACCGCGACGCGCGCCGCCUCCUCCCACAUACCGGGCGGCGAGCGGCAACCGGGGUGACGCCACCGAGAGCUUCCCACUGGAUUUCACCGCCGUGGAGGAGAACAUGGAUAACUUCAUGACGCAGGUCAAGAACCUGGCGCAGUCGCUGUACCCGUGCUCCGCGCAGAAGCUCGACCACGACAUGAGGCUGCACUUUCUGGAGAACGCCUCGGUCACCUGCAACGACGGCAGCCACGCCGGGUACUACCUGAAAGAAUCCAGAGGAAGCAGACGCUGGUUGAUAUUCUUGGAAGGCGGCUGGUACUGCUUCAACAAAGAGAACUGCGACAGCCGAUAUGAGACCAUGAGGAGGCUGAUGAGCUCGUCCAAGUGGCCUCAAACAAAAACAGGCACUGGGAUUCUGUCUCCGCUGCCAGAGGAAAACCCUCACUGGUGGAAUGCCAACAUGGUGUACAUCCCAUACUGCUCCAGUGAUGCGUGGAGUGGCGCCACCGCCAAAACAGAGCACAGUGGCUAUGCAUUUAUGGGCUCGCUGAUCAUUCAAGAGGUUGUGAAAGCCUUGCUUAAAAAGGGUCUGGACAAUGCCAAGGUUCUACUGCUGGCUGGGAGCAGCGCUGGUGGUACGGGGGUGCUGCUGAACGUUGACCGCGUGUCAGAGCUCCUGGAGGGUCUGGGACACACUACGAUUCAAGUGCGAGGCCUGGCGGACUCCGGAUGGUUCCUGGACAACAAGCAAUAUGAUUUUACAGACUGCUUGGAUGCGGUCAGCUGUGCCCCCACCGAGACCAUCAAGAGAGGCAUCAAGUACUGGGGAGGAGUGGUACCAGAGAAAUGCAAACAAGCCCAUGAAGGAGAGGAGUGGAAUUGUUUCUUUGGCUACAGAGUCUUCCCAACCAUAAAAAGCCCAGUCUUUGUGGUCCAGUGGCUGUUCGACGAAGCCCAAUUGACAGUGGACAACAUUCAGUUGACGGGACAGCCGGUGCAGGAAGGCCAGUGGCGUUACAUCCAAAAUCUGGGCAUUGAGCUAAGGAACACCCUGAAAGAUGUACCGGCUAUGUUCGCCCCAGCAUGCCUCUCUCAUGAAGUCAUCACAAGAAACUACUGGACGGACGUGCAGGUCAAAGGUACUUCCUUGCCCCGGGCGCUGCACUGCUGGGACCGCAGCCUGCACGACAACAGGAACAACAAAGCCCCGCCCAAAGGCUGCCCCGUGCAUUUGAUCGACAGCUGCCCGUGGCCGCACUGCAACCCCACUUGCCCCACCAUCCGAGACCAGUUCACGGGCCAAGAGAUGAACGUCAUCCAGUUCCUCAUGCACAUGGGCUUCGACGUGCAGAAGAUGGCCCAGCAGCAGGGAAUGGACCCCAGCAAGCUACUAGGGAUGCUUAGCAGUGGGAGCUAAGGGCACUCGUAUAAACAAAACAAGUAAACGAAAAAACACACUUAACAGUACCUUCAAGCUAAAGCCCAACCAGGGUUGUGGCUGGUCUCUCUGGCCAGUGUCUAGACCUGAUACCUCCAACCAAUCUCUGUCUACCUUACUC